AUGGCUGGUCUCCAGUUGGCGUUGCCUCUGCCUAUGGGCGUUAUGCUCCCACAUAAUAAAAGGGAUGCUCCAGAGCUCCAUUCAGCUAAGCAAGACCCCUACAGAAAAAGUGACUCUUCCCAGCGGUCCUCUGCAGGGCACCUGAGGAACAAUUUCCAGCAGAAGCUUUUGAGUAACCAAGAACUGAUGCUGGAUAAUCUCUACACUCACCCCAAGUGGAACACCUGCACAAAAGCCCAGAGCUAUUCAUAUCCCCACUGUGCUGGAAUGAGCCAGCAUGAUCCAAGGAGCAACCCCCAGGGCCAAGCCAAGGGUUUGUUUUACGCAUCAGACCCUCAGUCCCGGUAUCCCAAAACAAAUGACCAGGAAUUCAUCCCCUUGACAAAGAAGCGAGUGGGGGUAGACCGGGCAUACCCUUUGAAACCUGUGUUUCAUCGGAAGUCCCAUAGUACAGGUGAGGCUGGCACUGAUGGGGACCAGAACGCUUCUCCAAGAACCCCUGAGCCAAGAAAGUAUUCGAACAGUAGCUUUGGUUCAAGGAACUGGGUGAAUUCAUUGAUGGUUGGUCCAGUUGCUGCCACUCUGGAGGAAAGGGUCAUGGCAAAUGCCAGCAGGACAGAGUGGAUGCAAAUCCAAAGACUCGAAGCUGCAGGGGAGAGCUUAGGGGAGGAAAUCCGCAGAAAAGAGACUCUUCUGAGGGAAAAGCUGAAGAAGACGGAGGAGGAACUCAGAAGGAUCCAGAAGGAAAAAGAGCAGGCUGAGGAAAAUGAAAAAAGAGAGCUACAGAGAAUGGUGCUCUCCCGGAGGAGAGUUAAAGAUAAUAGCAUUUCCAUGUACAAACCUAUCUUCUCUCCAGCAUUCGGGUCUGAGGAGGUCUUCAACAGAGACACAGGAGAAGACGAAACUUGGGGACAAUCUGAAGAGAAUGCUAGUCCAUUCCAUUUCUCUGAUUAUAGAAUUCAGAAGCUCAAAAGGGAAAGACUGGUGGCAAGCAAUAACAAAAUCCGAGACCCAGUCUCAGGGCCAUUGAAGAAGUUUUCUCAAGCUCCAGAAGCACCGUUCAACACUUUGCAGAGAUACACCAGCAAUUCUAGCUCAUCCAGGGCACCAGACUCUUCAGGCUCCAGAUGUCCCACUGAAGAGCCAGAACUGGGCGAGUGCAGCCACUGUGGCCGAAAGUUUCUCUUGCUCAGGCUGGAGAGACACUCCAGCAUCUGCCGCAGGAUGCAGGGUUCCAAGAGGAAAGUGUUUGACUCCUCCAGGGCCCGGACCAAGGGCACAGAACUAGAGCAGUACUUGAACUGGAAGGGUCCAGCUUCAGUCAAGGCCAAACCUCCUCGGAAGAGCAACUGGAGACAGAAGCAUGAAUCCUUCAUCCGUACCCUCCGUCAGGCUCGAGAGUUCCAGCAGGUGAUUGCCAAGGGUGGAAACCCCUCAGACCUGCCUCCCAUCCUGCCUGUAGAAAAUCCAGACUAUAUUCAGUGCCCUCACUGUAGCCGCCACUUUGCUCCCAAGGUGGCAGAGCGGCACAUCCCCAAGUGUAAGACCAUCAAGAACCGUCCUCCGCCUCCAAGAAAGCACUACAGUUGA